UCUCCAUCAACGUUUCCAGCAUCGUUCUAUCUACCGAAACAAUGCCAUCUUUCUACAGGAUUUGCCGACGCCCUUGCGGCCUCCCCGUCCGGAGUCUCACCAUUUCUGACCGGUCUCACCACUACGCUCGCCUCGGGUGCCGGAAGUCCGGCGGCCACCAAUGCGGCCGUCUUGAACGCAACCGCAGCUGCGCUUAGGUUUCCGCACGUGGGCGUUCUGAACGUCUCACCGGUGAUUUUGGUGUCGAAUCUUGACGAACAGAUUCGUUUGUUUGAUCCAUUAAUCGGUUAA